UGGUUCUUUGGAGGGGAGGACGAUAUGUCCAGAGCAGCGAGUGUCACUUGCUGCGCAAGCUGCUCAGUUCGGUCAUAACUCGCAGAGUAACGCGUUGCAUUUACGUCGCUUAUAAUCAGUACCAGAGGGAAGGUGUUUCCAGGGCAACAGAGGCAUUAACCGGUUACUGGAGGUUACGUCUGAAACUAAAUCUAGUAAGAGUCAGGUGUACGAGAUGAUUUCAUCGAUGGAGAACCAGGCUGCGUUUGAAAAUCAUGUGUUUCCACUCCUCUACCCACUCAACAGAAGCCUAGCCGAGGAAGUCGAGAGAUUGUUUUCUAAAUGGACCUUUUCUCUCGAGGCACCGUACUGUGGAAUAGUGGAAGACGAUGUGAUGAGAGAAUUCCGUUUAAAUGGACAGGAUUCAGAGUAUUGCCCUGAAUUUAUGCCAACUGACAGAUCCUCAUGUAUGUCAACUUUCCUAGAAUCCAACAGAAUGAUUAAUUUGGCUGUUGGGUGCACCUCUACAGCCUCCACCGUACGUUCCAAGAAGAGAACAAAGAAGCAGAUCCAAGAAUGUGUAUUUUGUAAGAACAAUGGGGAACAAGAAUCUUACUACAGGCGCCACAUACUGAAAGAUUGCGAGGGACGAGUGGUCUGUCCGAUCCUACGAGCAUACACUUGUCCUAUAUGCAAUGCUAAAGGAGAUGAUGCUCACACUAUCAAAUAUUGUCCACUGAACAGUAAUCCUGAAGCAGUGGCCACAAUAACUGCUUUGAAAGCUCAUCGUACUUCCAUAGGCCAAAGACGAAACAAAAGCAUUUCUUUUGCCUAAGCAGCUCAAAGACCCACACAUCUCAUGCUGAGACAUAAAAUCAUAAAUUUCAAAGAAUGCUUUUCAUGUUCCUAUUCAAAUUGUUCCUUAUUUUUUUGUGUUCUGUUUUACAUUUGGAUUUCCAUCUUUUUAUUAACAGAACAUAAAUUUCAAGUGAAGAUGUUUCUAUUUAGAAGUAUAACAGUUGUGUUAUUUAAUGCGGAUAUUUUUAAUUUAUAAUAUUUUGACCGAGUGUUUGUUACUCUUUUACAAGAUCACUGGUCAUAUAUUAUUUAUAUUGAAACUGACGACAGCUAUUUGCAUAUGAAAUGUACAGUCAGUGUAGCACUCUGUUUGCAGUAUAAAUUUGAGAGAAUAUGACAAUUCGUUUAUGUGACCUGCAUUAUUGGUCAUUCACUACUAUAGUUCAUAUUGUAAUCAGUGUUUAAAUAUCAAAAAAUUCGUCUCAUUUGUAACAAAAUUCAUUGAUGAAACUUUGUGACAGUGUUCUGUUUUAAAGUUUGAAUUUCAAAGGAAUUUGACUAAGCAUUUGUCAACUCUUUCAGAUCUGUAUCAUUGGCUUUCAUUACUAUAGUUUAACAGUUGCACAUGAACAUGAAAUGGAGUUUGGCAUAUCAUAAAAUUCAGGACACAAUGUAUUAUCAGUUCCUGUGAGUUUUGAUACUGACUACAUUUGGUAUUCAUGAAAUGGCAGUUUUAAGACCAUGUGCUUGGAAGAGUAAUUAAUUACUGAGGUGUACAGAUAGAAAUUAAAUUGCUGUUUUCGCCUACAAAUCUACUGAGGAACCUAAGUAGCAUAUUAAUGAUUUUUCAUAAGUAGUUAUUUUAUUUAAAAUGGUGAUAUCCAAGAGUACAAAAUAAAUUUGUAUUGUGAUUAUAAUUUUAAGUAACAGUUCCAUCCAGUUUGUGAUAUACCAAGCCAAUAAAGUCACUCUACUAAUUGUAAUUAUGGCACAGCAUCUGCGCCAGGGAUAAUGAUAAGUUCAUUUUGCUAUGCUUAAUUAUAUAUGUUGACCUAGCAAGGAACACACAUAUCUUGAUGUUCCUUUUUUGUUUUGCUGGUAGAAUUUCACAGUUAGUAAGAAACAUGUAAGAUUUUUAGAUGUUAUGAUACUUUUAGAUAACAAAAGUUACUUUGGUCUGGGUAUAUGAUUUUAUUUAAAAAAAUUGUCUUUCUUAUUCCAUUUCUUUGCCAGAUCUGCUAACCAUCACUGACAUUUGUAAUAAAUAUACUGAACUUUCAUGUCUGGAUAGUUUCUGGAAGCCUCCACAGUAAGCUCCACUAUUGCCCAGGUGCCUCUCGAUGAAUAUAAGUCGUACUUAAAAUAUAAAUGUAAAGUAGGUAUGAGACUGGGAGACUCCCUCUUCACUGUCCUUUUUAACAUCACUUUGGAAAAAGUUCUGAGUGAUACACAUGUGAACCCAAGUGGCACAAUUGUAAAUAGAACACGGUAGAUACUGGCAUAUGUGGAUGAUACAGCCAUCUGUACCCACAAUACAAAUGCAGGCAACAUCAUCUGUUGGGUUGAUAAUCAAAAGUGAGAAAACCAAGUACAUGCAAGGCUGUGGAAGGAGUGGAAUGGCAAUAUGCAAUAUGCGAGAAAAGCUUUGAAGAGGUCUAAGCUUUCAAAUAUCUCGGCUCUCUCAUAAUGGGUAACAAUGACUCGGCUGUAGAUAUAAAGGGGGAAAAAUACCUGCUGUAGGAAACAGAUCUUUCUAUGCCUUUGGAAGCAUCCUCAGAGCAAGAUAUUAACCAGGAAAAUCAAAGCAAAUAUAUAAAACUAUUCAACCUUGCCAUGUGCAGAGAAAUCAACAGCAAUUCUCAUGUCCUAGGAAAGAAAAAUUUUAUGAAGGAUAUACAGCCCUGUAUAUAUAUAUAUAUAUGGUACAUGUUAUAUAAGAUCUAAUAGGGAACCAGAGAGUCUAUAUAAUAGACCAGACAUUUUGAUUGAAAUCAAAUCCAGAAAAAUAGAAUGGCUGAGACAUGUUCUGAUUCCAUUUCUUUGCCAGAUCUGCUAACCAUCACUGACAUCUGUAAUAAAUAUACUGAACUUUCAUGUCUGGAUAGUUUCUGGAAGCGUCCACUAUUGACCAGGUGCCUCUCGAUGAAUAUAGGUCACACUUAAAAUAUAAAUGUAAUGUAAUAUAUACCAGUUCACAGUGAAAUAAUAUGAUGUUUUGUUGUUUAAUAGAAAGACUGAUUGACAAUCUGAACAUAUUCCUCAAAACUAUUUAUGAUAUAUCUGUACAAAAUGAGUGGCACAUCCAUGCGGAGAGUUACAGGAUCAGUACUGUCCAUGAAAUGUCUUUUCUUUUGUGCCAUCAACACGUGGAUUUUAAGAUCUUUUAUUUUAAAUGACACUAUUCACUCAACUCUGUGACCUCUAAGUGGGUGUGCUACUGUUUAACAUAGUACAUGUAGAGUAAUUCUGUUUAUUUUAGUGUUUUUUGAUAUUUGGCUAAUUUAAGAUGUAUGGAGAUUUAAGAUGGAGAUUCUGUAAAUAAAACUGGAACCUGAUCUCAG